AGAAAUGAAGAACCAAACGCCAUAGCCCAUAGGUGCGAUACAUGAUUGUAAGACUUUCCAAAACCCAGUGAAGAAGAAGAUGAGUGAUCUCCAAGUCCAAUCAACUGCGUAGAGCUAAGAAGAAGAAGAAAUCCCCAAAAAUGGAUCUCUCGUCUCAACAUCAACAAGGACAUGAUUACCAAUCUUGGCAAUCGCAAUCGCAAUCAUAUGAUCCAUCAGCCUACAAUCCUCCUCCUCCUCCUCCUCCUCCUCAUCAUCAUCAUCAAUCCUAUUACUACGACUCCUAUUAUUACCAACAAUACCCAAACGGCUAUGCUUACACUCCCAAUCAUCACCCACGGCCGAUUCAUCCGCCGGGUGCACCUCCCGGCGACUUGGCUCAGGAGAAUGUGUAUCACCCGCUGCCACAACAGGGAAGUGGGGAUAUCUCUGCGCCGACCUAUCUCACGUCGGGGUUGCAGCAGGGGCAUCGAUGGUAUCCACAGCUCGAUGCCUAUGGGCCCGUCGUUGGUGGUCCGGGUUUGCCUUCGGUACCCGCUCCGCGACCUUAUGGGUUGCCUCCUCCUCAUCCUCAUCCUCCGGCUGCUCAGUCUUCUCACAAGUUUGGCAGUAAAAGGGGAGGCAAGCCAUUGAGAGGUGGUGGUCGGGGGAAACCUUUACGUGGAAAGGGGCGUAAUCAGGGCAGAGGUGGUUCUAGGCUGUUAUCAUCCUCCAACAUCGAUGCUUCAGUUGGCAAGAACACACAUUACAGCAGACAAGAGGCAGGACCUUCCACUAAUAACCAUGGAAAGGAACCCAACUCUAACGGGCUGUUGCAGGUAACUGCGUCUAUACAGAAAAAUCCAGCUUCUAAUCAGCAAUCCAAAGUUGCUAGGUGUGAAUUAUGCAAGGUUGAUUGCACUAGUCUGGAAGUCCUUGAACAACACAAGCUUGGGAAGCGGCAUCAGAAGAACAUGAAAAAGUUGGAGCCAUUGAAAAACUUCAACACACAUUUGAGUGAAUCCCUGGAUGGCAAGAAAGUUGCUGAUGGUUCAAAUUCAGUGCCAACUUUGCAGACUGAAAUUCAGGUUGAAGAGAGCAAGCCAGGCCUUUCAGAAAAUUUACCGUCUGAAACUGUUCAGCAUGAAGCAGCUGCAAUGGGAUGCAAAGAGCAAAAAGAUGAAGUGGAAAACCCUAGUGCACCCGUAGAGGCCAAAAUUGAGUCAGAAGCAAAGACGCACAGGGUGAAUCAAUUCAGUAAUCAAAGGCGUGGAUCCAAGCGUAAGAUGCGAGGUGGUCAUGGUGGGAAGCGGAUGAGAAUGUCUGACACACCGAGACCAGAAAGGGAACCUCCCAAACCUAAAGUUGUAAUUCCUCUAGUAUGUGAUUUGUGUAAUGUCAAGUGCGAUACACAGGAAGUUCUAGACCGCCAUCUUUCUGGUAAAAAGCACAUGUCUAAGCGGAAGCACUUUGAAGUUCACCAAGCUAUGUAUGGACCUCUAGGGCUUCAAGUUCUGUACCCCCCUAAUCCAGUCACACAAACUCUACUACAUUCACAGGGUCAUCAACAAGCCCUAUAUGUACCCCAAGCUCCAGAUCCUUCAGCAGCAGCAGUGUCUUUGCCCUCUCAAACUCAAAAUGCUGUAUCCUAAGAUUUCAUGUAUUUUUUUUUUCUUUUUCACCAAAACACAAAUUUUCAAUUGAAAAUGCUACUCUGAAAUUUUGAUCACCAAACUUUUAUUCUAAUGUUCACAGGCAGGGUUCUGCAGUUCUGUU